UACAUCCACCAAGAAGAGGCCAUGCUGUCUGAUAACAUGGAUGAGAGAAAAAUAAGUUUUGUGCUCACAAAAGAUCCACCCAGUGAUCUAGAGGUAAGCAUAACUCCCAUCAAGCGUCCAAGGCAGCGAACAAAUGUUGAUGAAGAAACUAUAGAAGUGUCGAUUGAUGCAUAUAAGGAGUGGCUUGCAAUACUACAACAUGAUAAUCCAGAAACGGAUUUAAUGGAUGACUUCAGGGAGGAUACGAUCAAAACAUAUAAAGAAUGGUUAAGGCAUCAAGGCGAUCUUCCAGAUAUCUUAUUGUAUGAACGACAAAGCAAUGAUGACCUAAUAUUAUCAGAUGAAGAAAUUCAUGGCAGCAGCAAACCUACUGCUAAUUGGCCAUCUCAUGCUAGACGUCAUAGGAAAAGAGAUCGUGGUAUUUUUUACUAA